UGAUGGCGUCACGGGCGCCCCGCCCGCCUCCGCCCGCCGCCGCCAUGGAGUCCAACAGGGACGAGGCGGAGCGGUGCAUCGGUAUCGCCCUGGCCGCCGCCAAGGCCAACCAGCCCGACAAGGCCCGCCGCUUCCUCGAGAAGGCGCAGCGCUUGUACCCCUCGCCCCGUGUCCGCGUUCUGCUUGAAUCACUCAACAAGAACGAGCAACCGGCCAAUGGCCAGUCCCAGUCCAGGGAGUCCACAAACCCUCAGUUCAAGAAGACGAGCGGAGACUUCCCAUCAGCCAACGGAGAGGCCGGUGGGGAGGCCCCCAAGGGCUACACUCAGGACCAGGUGGAUGCAGUGAAGAGGGUAAAGCAAUGCAAAGAUUACUAUGAAAUUCUGGGGGUAAACAGAGAAGCUUCCGAUGAUGACCUGAAAAAGGCUUACCGGAAACUUGCACUGAAGUUUCACCCAGAUAAGAACCACGCACCAGGGGCUACAGAGGCAUUUAAAGCCAUUGGCAAUGCGUAUGCAGUAUUGAGCAACCCAGAGAAGAGGAAGCAAUACGACCAGUUUGGAGACGAGAAACUCAACCCUGCUCGGCAUGGACACAGUCACUCGGACUUCCACCGCGGGUUUGAGGCAGACAUCUCCCCCGAGGACCUCUUCAACAUGUUCUUUGGUGGUGGCUUUCCUUCUAGUAACGUUCACGUAUACAGCAAUGGCAGGAUGCGAUAUACCUACCAUCAGAGGCAGGACAGACGAGAACACCAGGGUGACGGUGGCCUUGGCUUGUUUGUCCAGCUGAUGCCUAUUCUCAUCCUCAUCAUCGUGUCCGCUCUCAGCCAGAUGAUGGUCUCCAGCCCACCCUACAGCUUGAGCCAGAGGCCGUCUGUGGGCCACACACACAGGAGGGUGACAGAGCACUUGAAAGUCGUCUACUACGUAUCCGAGAACUUUGCAGAUGAAUACACGGGCACGAACCUGAAAAACGUUGAAAGGAGCGUGGAGGAUGACUAUAUUGCAAACCUUCGAAAUAACUGCUGGAAAGAGAAGCAGCAGAAGGAAGGCUUGUUGUACCGGGCACGCUACUUCGGGGACUCGGAUCUGUACCAGCGAGCACAGAGGAUGGGCACCCCCAGCUGUAGCAGACUGUCAGACGUUCAAGCCUCUCUGCACGGAUAGUCACCGCCUGCCGGCUCAGCAGAGGUCUAAAGAGCAGAGGGAUUGAAAUACCGUGACUGAAAGAGCCGCUGCCCGCGCUGGGGGGAAGGAAGGGGAGGAGGUGCAGUGACGUGCGAUCGGCCGGAGACUGACACCGCUACCGCUUUUGUUCCCAGGCUCUUGAAAUGCCUGAAGACUUUUGGCGAAGCGCCCUGAGCCCAGGUGGCAGACUCGGUAUUUAAAAGAAUUCAAACCUUAUCUUAAAAAAUGGAAUCGAAGAAUUUAGCAACGCACAACUGCCCUUUUUCUUCUCUCUGCCUGUCUCCGCCGUUCGACCGAGGUCUCAGGCAGCGAUUAGGACAGGAAACCAAGCUGCCCAUCUUCCCCCUUCCGACACUGCGACAGUCUCGUUGCUCCUGGGAUCCCACCACCCCGAGAACAAACACGUAGAGUGUAAAAUAGCACGAACUAACUGCAGGAAGCCAUGAAGCAAAGGGAGACCCUUCACCACUGCGCUGGUCACUGCCGACAGAGAGAGAAAUGGGGACGAUUUGGUGAUUUAAAAAAAAACAAACUUUAGUAAAAAAGAAAAUAUAAUCUAUUUAGAAUUAAUUUAUAGCUGUAUAUAUGUUGUACUUUUAAACUAUGCAGGGGUUGGAUGAUUAAAUUAUUUUGUUUUCCGCCCGGUUUGGUGAACGGGGGAGCGGGAAGCUUCUUCCCAGAGUGUCUCGCUCUGCAGCGCCGGACACACUAAACCAAAAAUCACUUUGCGGUUACUGUAUUUUGCUUUCUGGAGGACGGCGGUGUUCUGCGGCUUGGGAUGGCGAUACCUGCCUUUCGGGUUCUCAUAGGAGAAAUUCCAAAUCUGUAGGGGGGGGUUAAUGAAGAAAUGGGGGAAGCUGCCCAGGUUCGUGGUGUGGUUUUGCAGCGUUGGCAGAAGCUGCAGCGGGUUGGCUGAGCCCCGGCGCCGCGCUCGGCGAGGGGAAGGAUUGUCCUGGGUGCUUUUUGCUCACCAGUCGUUGGGUUUAUUUGUGCACGUAACUCCUUUUUUUGUGCAGACUCUGCUUUAAUUUUGCCUUGUAAUCAGCGUGCGGCGUUCGUUCUGUAAAGAGGGCUUUCCACCAGCCGUCUCCCUUUGUUGGGCUUUUUUAUUAACGUGUCCUGCACUUGGGGUUGCUCACCCAAUGCUCCCCUUUGCAGCGUGGCUGUGGCCUUCACACCCUCUAAUGUUUCCUAGAGGAGACCUGUAAAAUACUGCGAAUCCAUAAGAAACGGAGCUUUUUAUUGCUUCUGUUGAAAGAAGUGUUGCGGGGGGAGAUGGGAGGGUUGGCCUGAUCUCUCCUCAGGCCCCGUCUCUGGAUCCAUCGCCGUCAGGCAGGACCGGCAUUAGGGCUCUUGAGGUCGGAGCCAUCUCUUUGAAGCAAAACUGGCAUAAGCAGAGCUAUUUCCCGUGGAAUAAACUGGAUUUUUUUGGGGGAGGGUACUCUGCAGUUCGCUUUUGUCUAAAGACGUUUCCAGCGAGAACCAUCCCCAGCACCCUUGGGAGAAUGAACCGAAAGCGCGGCGGCUCCCGGGUGCGGUGCCGGGGCUGGGAGAGCUGAGAGCUGAGAGGUGAGGUGGGUUUGUUUCUUUGUUGUCAAGAAUCCACAUGCUCUGUCUUUGGCUAUUUAUUUAUUUUGCAAAACAUCAGCUGUCCCAUGAGCUGCAAGCCUUUUUAUCCCACAGCCGCCAGGACUUGCACCUGAUUUUAAGGGUUUUUUGGUUUUAAAUGAAUCUUCCGCCUUUGGAAGGAAUGGGGUGGAAGUGCGGCGUUUGGAAAUAGCUCUUAGUAGAGGCACAGGCUGGCCAGCUUGAAAAGAUCACGGGAAGGGGGUUAAGCAGAAAUCACAUUCGCAGAGUAGCUGAAUGUCUUGCACAGCAGCAUUCCUUGCCCAGAGCCUGCCCGCCAAAACCUUUUGAUUACCUUCUUUUUCCAGUAGAUACCCGUGGAUAAUAACGAGCGAGAAGGCUUAGAUCCUAACGGCUGCUCACAGAGGCUGUACCUCUCGAUUUAGAAUUAAUCAUACGAUUGUACAUGUAUAAAUAAAUGUUUAUAACGUGAAA